UCCUUCCAUCAAUCGCUAAGAAGUUGAAGGACGAUUCCAUCUUCAGUUCCAAGGCCAAUCUUUCCAUCCCUCUGUGUAAGUUCUACACAUCAAAACCCUCUUUACAUUCCAGUUCCAGUCAGUCUUGUCGGUCUCCAGUUUCACAUAAAUUCCUUCCGUAUCAAAAUAGAAUCGAAAAUCAACAAACCCUAAACCCAGCCCACCUCUCCGCAGUCCUGUCAAAAAAGAACUGGUUUUUUCUUUUACGAGCCGAGUAUAGUUCAAGUUUUCUGAAUUCAAGAUCUUUAGUCAGUAUCUUGCAUGGACAGCGCGACCCGAUUCACUCACUCAAAUUCUACAUCUGGGUUUUCAGUAUCAGCCAUGAGUUGGCAAAGGAUCAUUCGGUUCAAAGGGCUCUUUCUGAUAUUUUCUGGAGAAAGGGCCUGGUAGUUUUGUCUGUAGAACUUAUGAAAGAGAUUAGAGAUUCCGAGCUUCGAAUUUCAGAGGAUAUACUUUGCAUUCUUAUUGUAAGUUGGGGUAGAUUAGGGCUCGCAAAAUAUGCAAACGAAGUGUUUGGACAAAUACCCCACCUCAGUAUUAGGCCAAGCACCAGAAUUUACAAUUCAGUGAUCUACGCAUUGGUUAAGGCAAAUGCACUUGAUCUUGCGUACUUGAAAUUCCAACAAAUGGCUUCUGAUAACUGCUCCCCUGACCAAUUUACAUACAAUGCCCUUAUCCAUGGAUUGUGCAGGGCAGGGAUUGUUGAGGAGGCACUUCGUUUGGUGAAGAAAAUGCAGAAUUUUGAGACUAAAGCAAAUGUGUUCACUUACACAAUGCUGGUUGAUGGGUUUUGCAAUGCAAAGAAGGUGGAUGAGGCAUUGAAGGUUUUGGAGAUGAUGAAGAACAGAAACGUAGUUCCUAAUGAUGCUACAUUUCGAUCAUUGAUCCAUGGAGUGUUUCGAUGUUUAAAGCCAACCAGUGCUUAUGAGAAAUUGAGUGGGUUCUUAGAAAACCACAGUGUUUUUCAUGUGAAUGCAUGCGGCACUUUAUUAUAUUGCCUUUCAAAGAAUAAUAUGGCAACAGAAGCUAUUGAUUUUGUGGAGAAAAUGGGGAAGAAAGGUUAUGUUUUGGACACUGCUACGUUCAGCCUCGUUAUGGCUUGCUUGGUUAAGGGUUUGAGACUAACCGAAGCCUGUAACUUGUUUGAUGAUUUUGUUCGCAAGGGAGCAUUUGUUGAAGGAAGGAAAAGUUGGGCAAUCAAGGCGAUAUAUGAAAAGAAUGGUCUCUGA